CAAAUCCCUGCAUCGUUGGUUCUCCCAAAUCCCUCCGAGAAAAAGUUCCUACGACAUGGCCGCCGCCACCGCCGCCUCGCGAUCUCGCCAUCCUCCAGCUGCCUUCUCGGCGGCGCCGGCGAUCGGCGCAGACUGGGAGAUGUUCGAUUCCACCAUCCUCAUGGGAGAUGUCGCCGAUCCCGCCACUGUCUGCGCCGCGAGCAAUGGCGGGGACGUCGCGUCUCCCUCCGUCUUGCCGAGCCACCGGCCUCCUCCUACGUCGAGAUGCUCAUCGAUGCCGAGCUCUACGACGACCCCACGGUGCUGGCCGCGGACGGGGACCUCCUCCUCAUCCACACGGUCGUCGCCAUCCGCGACCCGCCGCCCUUCUACCAGGACAACUUCUUCGUGCACAGGGCGCACCCGGUGACGCCGUCGCUGCGGCUUCUCCCCCAGUUCGGCGACUGGGCUGCCCACGCCCGGCACACGGGCAUUUCCUGCCUCGGCGGGGAGUUCGUCGUGGCGGCCUUCCAUUCGAGCAUCAUCCGCGGCGAGGAAGGCGCGAGCUGGGACGAGGUGGGCGUGCUCUCGCGGUUCUCGUCUUCCACGGAGCAAUGGGAGGUCAAGGAGCUCCCGAUCCCCUUCGAUUCGGACAGAGGGCUGUAUCCCCUUACAUGGACCACCGACAAGGUGUUCUCCUUCCGUGGAUUCAUGUGCUGGGUCGAUUACCACCACGGCAUCCUGUACUGCGACGUCUUCUCCGAUCUUCCCGAGCUCCGGUUCGUGCAGCUCCCCGGGAUCGAGAUCUGGGAUGACUCGCAUGACUACUCCUAUGGCCGCCAGAUGCCCGUGGCGUACAAGACUGUUGAGGUCAGCAAUGGCGUUAUCAAGUUUGUGGAUGUGGACAAUGGCCAGUUUGGUGUGAAGAAAAGCUCUGGUUUUUGCAUCACCUCUUGGACUCUGAGGACUCCGGAGUUGGAGUGGGAGAAGGACGGCGACGUGCUCCAAGUCGAUGAUCUCUGGUCCCUCGAGGAAUUCCGUGAUUCGCCUCUGCCGCGCUGGGUGCCAGAGUUCCCUGUUGUGAGCAAGCACGACUCUGAUGUUGUCCAUUUCGUGCUGCGGGGGCCUCGCUCUGGUGCAAAGGCUUGGGUGAUUUCGGUGGGUACGAGGCCGAAGCUGCUGAAGUCCUAUAUGCCUUACAAGAAUGAUUACACUAAUUUAUGGAAAGAGGAGGAGGAUUUAGAUCUUACAAGCUUGUUUUUCGAUACGCCCUUUAUCUGCUCUGAUCUCUACAAAGAUCAUGGAAUGUCGGUUGGGCAGAUGGCAGGACUUGCUGCAACAACCUGAACGACAAUGUAAUGCUCUGUAUGAAACUGGCCAGUUGUUGUAAUAUGUACUGUGAUUGUUGCUUAUA